AUGUCUUUCGUCCCUAUCAAAGAUGGUGAGUUCACCAGCACGAUAUAUGGAAUGAUAAAAAAUGAGAAAUACCAUGACGCCAUCAGGGUUUUACAAAUUGAGCUUCAACGAUCUCCUCAAAAUCGAGCAGCAUUAUCUUUACUCGGCUACUGCUACUACUACACUCAAGAUUUUGUGAAUGCUGCCGAUUGUUAUGAAUAUCUCUUUCAACACUUUCCUAACUCUCCCGAGUACAAGAUAUACUACGCGCAAUCUCUCUACCAAGCGUUCAUGAUACCUGAAGCAUUAGCUGCUGUUUCCACGAUAGAGGAACCCAGUUUACUAAACCAGGUGAUCAAACUUGAAGCAGCUAUUAAGUACAGAGAAGAAGAUAUGAAUAACUCACGGAUUCUGGUGGAACAGUAUGAUGUGGAUGAUCCAGAUGUUGAAGUUAACCUUGGCUGUAUUGAUUACAAGGAGGGAAACUAUGACACAGCUUUGGAUAAGUUCAACAAAGCUACUAAUUCAUUUGGCUAUCAGCCAGAGUUAGCUUAUGCUAUCGCUUUGUGUCAUUAUCGGAAGAAGAACUAUACCCAGAGCUUGAAAUACAUAACAGACAUUAUCGACCGUGGAGUUAAAGAUCAUCCAGAGUUGGGAGUUGGCUUCGCUUCAGAAGGAGUUGAAAUGAGUUCUGUAGGGAAUACCUUGCUUCUGCACGAGACUUCACUGAUAGAAGCCUUCAAUUUGAAAUUUGCGAUAGAGUAUAAGCUGAAAAACAUGCCAGCUGCAAAUGAAGCCUUGACUGAUAUGCCUCCGAGAACUGAAGAAGAACUUGACCCGGUCACAUUACAUAAUCAAGCAUUAAUAGGUAUCGACACCAAUCCUACAGACGGCUUUGCCAAGCUACAGUAUCUACUAACGCAAAACCCAUUUCCUCCCGAGACAUUUGUCAAUCUUCUUCUUCUGUACUGUAAAUAUGAGUACUAUGAUUUGGCAGCCGAUGUACUCGCAGAGAAUGCUCAUUUGACGUACAAGUAUCUAUCUCAGUACCAAUAUGACUAUUUGGAUGCCCUAAUCAGCCAGCAAACAGCACCUGAAGAAGCUUACGCUAAGUUUGAUACUAUGGCUAAUGAAUUAAUGAAUGAACUGAGAAAAGUGACAAAGAGAGCACAGGAGUUGAAAAGGAAGAAUGAUGAUGACGUUGUACAAGCUGUCAAAGAUUUUGAUGAGAUACUAGAGCAAUAUCUGCCUAUACUGAUGUCGCAGGCUAAGAUGUAUUGGGACAAACACAACUAUGCUCACGUGGAGAAAAUCUUCAGAAAGUCUGUUGAGUUCUGCAGCGAACAUGACACAUGGAGAUUGAACGUUGCCCACACCUUGUUCAUGCAAGAGCAGAAAUUCAAAGAAGCUGCUGGUUUCUAUGAGCCCAUCGUGAACAAAAACUACGAUAGUAUUCUUAACAUCCCCGCCAUUAUAUUGGCCAAUCUUUGUGUCUGUUACAUAAUGACAAACCAGAACGAAGAGGCCGAAGAACUCAUGAGAAAAGUGGAGCGAGAAGAAGACGAUGCCAGAGAAGUAGAUGAAUACCGGAAGAUCUAUCACGUGUGCAUAAUCAACCUUGUAAUUGGAACAUUAUACUGUAGCAAGGGAAACUAUGAGUUCGGUAUAUCCCGAGUGAUAAAAGCCAUGGAGCCUCAAGAGCGAAGAUUGGGCACAGACACCUGGUACUAUGCCAAACGCUGUAUUUUAGCUUUGAUAGAAGCUAUGUCGAAGCAUCUAAUUGUAAUCCGAGAAAGUGUCUUAAACGACUGUAUCAACUUUUUGGAGCAAUGUGAAGUUCAUGGACGACACAUACCGACUCUGGUGGAUGGUCCUUUGCUCGAAGGAAACGUUGACAGCAUUAAAAAUUCCAUAACAUAUGAAUCCCGAUUAAUUAAGUCUCUUCUGCUUCAAGUGAUGAAUUAA